UCAGAGCAGUAAUAAUGAACAGACUAAACAAAUCUGUGCUUCUCUCUCCCAGAGAUCUCAUGUCUUGGAUCAAUGGAAUCAGAGGGCUGGUGUCUUCAGAUGAGAUGGCCAAGGACGUCACUGGAGCUGAAGCCCUGUUGGAGAGACAUCAGGAACAUCGCACUGAGAUAGAUGCUCGUGCAGGCACGUUCCAGGCAUUUGAGCAAUUUGGACAGCAGCUGCUUGCCCGUGGCCACUACGCCAGCCCUGAAAUCCAACAGAAGCUGGAGGCUCUUGAACAGGAACGUGCUGACCUGGAGAAGGCCUGGGUCCAGCGCAGGAUGAUGCUGGACCAGUGCCUGGAGCUUCAGCUAUUCAACCGUGACUGUGAGCAGGCUGAGAACUGGAUGGCAGCUCGCGAGGCCUUCUUGGCCAGCGAUGACAAGGGGGAUUCCCUGGACAGCGUGGAGGCUCUCAUCAAGAAACAUGAAGACUUUGAUAAGGCUAUCAAUGUGCAGGAAGAGAAAAUUGCAGCACUGCAGUCUUUUGCUGACCAGCUUAUUAGCGCUGACCACUAUGCCAAACCCGAGAUCUUUAACCGCCGUAAUGAGGUCUUAGACAGGUGGCGCCGUCUCAAGGCUCAAAUGAUUGAGAAACGCUCUAAGCUGGGUGAGUCCCAGACUCUGCAGCAGUUCAGCAGAGAUGUGGAUGAAAUUGAAGCAUGGAUCAGUGAGAAACUCCAAACCGCCACCGACGAGUCUUACAAGGACCCCACCAAUAUCCAGCUGUCCAAGCUGCUGUGGAAACACGAAAAGCACCAGGCUUUUGAGGCCGAGUUACACGCUAAUGCUGAUCGUAUCCGUGGGGUGAUUGACACGGGCAAUGCUCUCAUCCAGAGAGGUGCCUGUGCUGGAAGUGAGGAUGCUGUAAAGGCUCGUCUUAAUGCUCUGGAUGAGCAGUGGCAGUUCCUUGUCAACAAAUCUGCUGAGAAGAGCCAAAAACUGAAGGAGGCAAACAAGCAGCAGAACUUCAACACUGGCAUUAAGGACUUUGACUUCUGGUUGUCUGAGGUUGAGGCUCUUCUUGCCUCUGAGGAUUAUGGCAAAGAUCUGGCCUCCGUCAACAAUCUGCUUAAGAAGCACCAGCUUUUGGAGGCUGACAUCUCUGCUCAUGAGGAUCGUCUGAAGGAUCUUAAUGGCCAGGCUGACAGUCUGAUGGCCAGCAAUGCCUUCGACACCUCUCUGGUUAAGGAUAAGCGUGAUGCCGUUAACGGACGCUUUAGCAAAAUCAAGAGCAUGGCUGCUGGGCGCCGUGCCAAGCUGAAUGAGUCGCAUCGUCUGCAUCAGUUCUUCAGGGAUCUGGACGAUGAAGAAUCUUGGAUCAAGGAAAAGAAGUUGUUGGUGAGCUCGGAGGACUACGGACGUGAUUUGACAGGAGUACAGAAUCUGAGGAAGAAACACAAGAGGCUGGAGGCUGAGCUUGGAGCACACGAGCCGGCUAUUCAGUCUGUGUUGGAAACUGGGAAGAAGCUGUCUGACGACAACACUAUUGGACAGGAGGAGAUCCAGCAGAGGCUGGCCCAGUUUGUGGAGCACUGGAGGGAACUGAAAGAUCUGGCUGCUGCUCGUGGACAGAGACUUGAGGAGUCGCUGGAAUACCAGCAGUUUGUGGCAAAUGUGGAGGAAGAGGAAGCUUGGAUUAAUGAGAAACUGAACCUGGUUGGAAGUGAGGAUUACGGUGAUACUCUGGCAGCUGUGCAGGGCUUGCUGAAGAAACACGAAGCUUUUGAAACAGAUUUUACUGUGCACAGGGACAGAGUGAAUGAUGUGUGUUCCAAUGGAGAUGAACUUAUCAGAAAGGAGAACCACAAUGUGGAGAACAUCAUGGCUAAAAUGAAAGCCCUGCGUGGGAAGGUGUUGGAGCUGGAGAGCGCUGCAGCUCAGAGGAAGUCUAAGCUGGAUGAGAACUCUGCCUUCCUUCAGUUCAACUGGAAGGCUGAUGUGGUGGAGUCCUGGAUUGGUGAGAAGGAGAACAGCCUGAAGACUGAUGACUAUGGUCGUGAUCUGUCCUCGGUGCAGACUCUUCUCACUAAACAGGAAACCUUUGAUGCUGGGCUUCAGGCCUUCCAGCAGGAAGGCAUCACCAACAUCACAGCCCUGAAAGACCAGCUGUUGGCAGCCAAACACGUGCAAUCCAAGGCCAUUGAAGCUCGUCAUGCUACCCUGAUGAAGCGCUGGAACCAGCUGCUGUCUAACUCCGCUGCCCGCAAGAAGAAGCUUCUGGAAGCCCAGGAGCACUUCAGAAAGGUUGAGGAUCUCUUCCUCACCUUUGCCAAGAAGGCUUCAGCCUUCAACAGCUGGUUUGAGAACGCUGAAGAAGAUCUGACAGACCCUGUGAGGUGCAACUCUCUGGAGGAGAUCAGAGCCCUGCGGGAGGCCCAUGAUGCCUUCCGCUCCUCGCUCAGCUCCGCAGAGGCCGACUUCAGCCAACUUGCAGAACUUGAUCGCCAGAUCAAGAGUUACCAUAUGGUCUCCAAUCCAUACACUUGGUUCACCAUGGAGGCUCUCGAGGAGACCUGGAGGAACCUUCAAAAGAUCAUCAAGGAGCGAGAGCUGGAGCUACAGAAGGAGCAGAGGAGACAGGAAGAGAACGAUAAACUCAGACAAGAGUUUGCCCAACAUGCCAAUGCUUUCCACCAGUGGCUGCAGGAGACCAGGACAUACCUUCUGGAUGGGUCCUGCAUGGUGGAAGAAUCCGGAACUCUAGAGUCCCAGCUAGAGGCCACUAAGCGCAAGCACCAGGAGAUUCGUGCCAUGCGCAGUCAGCUGAAGAAGAUCGAGGAUCUGGGAGCAGCCAUGGAGGAGGCGCUGAUCCUGGACAAUAAAUACACAGAACACAGCACCGUGGGUCUGGCCCAACAGUGGGACCAACUCGACCAGCUGGGCAUGAGAAUGCAACACAACCUGGAACAACAGAUCCAAGCCAGAAACACUACAGGAGUAACAGAAGAUGCCCUGAAGGAAUUCAGCAUGAUGUUCAAGCACUUCGACAAAGAAAAAUCUGGCCGUCUCAAUCACCAAGAGUUCAAGUCCUGCCUGCGGUCACUGGGCUACGACCUGCCCAUGGUUGAAGAAGGAGAACCAGACCCCGAGUUCGAGUCCAUCCUCGACAUAGUGGAUCCAAACAGGGAUGGAAACGUGUCCUUGCAGGAGUACAUGGCCUUCAUGAUCAGCCGAGAAACAGAGAACGUGAAGUCAAGCGAGGAGAUCGAGAGCGCUUUCCGUGCUCUCAGUGCCGAGAACAAACCUUACGUCACCAAGGAAGAACUCUACCAGAACCUGACAAAGGAACAGGCAGACUACUGCAUUUCCCAUAUGAAACCCUACAUGGACAGCAAGGGCCGCGAGAUCCCGUCAGCUUUCGACUUUGUGGAAUUCACCCGCUCGCUCUUUGUCAACUGAUUCCCCGCAUCCUGCCAGUGACCAAUCGGGAUGCGUUUUCCCCCCUUCACAAGAACACACAGCCUAACUGCAUGGAUCUGAAUUGAAAUGCUCUAUAACAAUAUCUGUAUCUUGCUAUCACUCUUAACUCUGCGUAUUUAUCUGACACUUCUUCAUGCUUCACUAACAAUAGUUUAGUGGAUCUGUCUACAUUUUAUUGUGGUUGUUUUAGCUGUUAAGUGCUUUGCUUUGUUUAACUAACCUAUAGAGAGGAUAUGCUGUAACAUCACCCACAAGACUGCAGUGUGCUUAAAUAAACGCUACUGGUUAUAACUGGAA